CUCUGUUUUCCUUUCCACCUCUUGCAAUUCACAUCAACCAUGUUCCUCAUCUAUUUACUUCCUAUCUUGUUUACCAUCUACUUUUUCUAUACACAUCUCACAUCGCCCCUCUCCAAACCCCCUGGCCCAUUCUAUACCAAACUCACGCCUAUCUACCUUAUCUACAAAGAGUUUACCGGUCAACGGAGACUCUACAUCGACUCUCUGCACUCUACUUAUGGCCCCGUCAUCCGUAUUUCCCCCACCGAAUGCAGUUUCGCCAGCUUUGAAGCCAUGAAGGAGAUCUAUACCUCUGGCGGUAGUGGCUACGACAGAACAGAGUUCUACGAACUGUUCAUGCAGUUUGGAACCAAGACUUUGUUUUCCAUGCCGCCGAGAGGGGAGCAUAGUCAGAGAAAGAGGAUUCUUGCGGACAGAUAUGCGAAUAGCAAUAUAUUGAGACCAGAGACGGUGGAGGCCUUGACCAAGAGAGCGAGUAGGUUUUUGGAGAAUUGUUUACAGGAGGCAGGGGCUGAUGCCGACGUUUAUGUGAGUUUUGUCCGAGGAAAUUGGUGUAGAAAUGGAGACUUUGCUGAUGAGGUGUCAGNNGUGCAUUUGCAUUGUUUUGCGCUGGAUGGAGCGUCUCAGCAUUUGUUUGCUCCCUAUGGCACAAACUCGCUCGAGGACCCCGAAGAUUUCAAGAUUAUGCAGGAAAUGUCUUAUGCGGAUAGUCUGCGAGAGCUAUUCGACAGACUCAACUCAAAACGCUCGCGAUCAGUACCUUUUGCCAACGAAUUCGUCCUCGAAGCAGUGAGCAAGCCUAAUCCAGCAUCGUACUCUCUACUCUCAAAACUGCAUUCCAAAGCGUCGGAACUGGAGGAUCUUUCUGCCGCUGCAGAAUGUAUGGAUCACUUGGCUGCCGGUAUCGAUACCACUGGCGACGGUCUCUGUUUCCUCAUGCACGAACUCUCUCUGCCUGAAAACACACAUAUCCAGGAGCGCUUACGGGAAGAAAUAAACAGCAGCAACGACAAGAGUUUUGAUCAAUUGCCCUAUCUAGAUGCGGUGGUCAAGGAAGGACUCAGAGUCUUUCCACCCAUCCCUAUGAGCUUUCCGAGGUAUGCACCUGACGCCGGCGCAGUCUUGGAUGGCUACUAUAUUCCUGGCCACACCAUUGUUUCCUGUCAACCAUUCACGCUACACAAGGAUCCUCUUGUUUUCCCUUCGCCUGAGAGAUUCGAUCCGCAGCGAUGGCUUGAGGACAAAGGAGAAUUGGAGCGGAACCGCAUGUUCUUUGCCUUCUCACAGGGCGCAAGAGGGUGUAUUGGCAAGCAUUUGGCUUUGGCUGAGAUGAAGAUACUAUUGCGAGAGGUAUAUGGAAGCUAUAGGACGGUACUGAGCAAGGAGAAGGCGGAUAUGAGGUUUGAUGAUCAAGUCAUCUCUUCACGACCCAAGGGACAGAAAUGUCGAUUGCGAUUUGAGAAGGUUGUUUAG